AGAACAGUUAGCCGCCCCGCCCUCCUCCACCCCCUCAGCUCCCCAUUCACCUCAGUGCCCGCCGCGCAUGCGCAGAGCCGGUGUCGGCGCGAAGGAUUUGCUUGUGAGUGUGUGACCGGGACACGGCGGAGUAACGAGCAGGGGGAAGCGGGAGAAGCAGAAGAAAUAACCCCCUCAGAGCCCCGGGAGCAGGAUAUUACCUGGCCGGAGUCCUGUGUCUGUGCUGCCGCCAAUGUUCAGCUUUGCAGCCCGAAGCUACUUCUUCAGUCGAGCUCCCGCGGCUGUAUGAGCCGGACACUGAGCCAGCAUGGUCCGGGAAACCAGGCACCUCUGGGUGGGCAACCUGCCCGAGAACGUUCGCGACGAAAAAAUUAUCGAGCAUUUCAAACGAUACGGACGUGUUGAAAGUGUCAAAAUUUUGCCCAAGAGGGGAUCUGAUGGUGGCGUGGCCGCAUUUGUGGAUUUUGUGGAUAUCAAAAGUGCACAGAAGGCACACAAUGCCGUUAAUAAAAUGGGAGACAGAGACCUUCGAACGGAUUACAAUGAACCAGGCACCAUUCCGGGUGCCGCUCGAGUUUUGGAUGAUACAGUUUCCAUAACGUCUCGUAGUAGAGAGGUUUCUGGGUUCAGAGGAAGUGCUGGAGGGCCCACUUAUGUCCCCCCACAAUCCCUUCAUGCACGGGAAGGACGUUAUGAACGGAGACUCGAUGGAGCUUCUGAUACAAGGGAGCGAACGUAUGAACACAGUGCCUAUGGACACCAUGAGCGGGGGACAGGAUUUGAUCGAACACGACAUUACGAUCAGGAUUACUAUAGAGAUGCUCGAGAACGGACCUUACAGCAUGGAAUAUACUAUAACUCUAGGCGAAGCCCUACCCGCUUUGACACUCACGAUACCCGAUAUGAAUCUAGGACCCGAGAGGCAUUUACAUUACCCAGUGUUGUUCACCGGGAUAUUUUCAGAAGCGAACUUUCACGGGAGGUACGAGGGAGACGCCCUGAACGGAAUUACCAGAACAGCAGGAGCCGGUCUCCCCAUUCAUCCCAAUCUAGGAACCAGUCUCCUCAAAGGUUGGCUAGCCAAGCAUCACGGCCAACCAGAUCUCCCAGCGGCAGCGGAUCCAGGAGUAGAUCCUCUAGUAGUGACUCACUCAGCAGCAGCAGUAGUACCAGUAGUGACAGUAGUGAAUCCAGCAGCAGCUCAAGUGAUGAGUCUCCCACCCGCUCAGUGCAGUCGGCUGCUGUCCCAGCCCCACCACCUGCCCAGCCUCUCCUCUCCUUGGAUAAAGAUGAACCACGCAAAAGUUUUGGGAUCAAAGUUCAGAAUCUUCCUGUUCGCUCUACAGAUACAAGCCUUAAAGAUGGACUUUUUCACGAGUUCAAGAAGUACGGAAAGGUGACGUCGGUACAGAUUCACGGUGUGUUGGAAGAGCGCUAUGGCCUGGUGUUCUUCAGGCAGCAGGAGGAUCAGGAAAAGGCACUUAAUGCGUCGAAAGGAAAGCUCUUCUUUGGCAUGCAGAUCGAAGUGACUGCAUGGGUAGGACUAGAAACGGAAAGUGAGAAUGAAUUUCGACCUUUGGAUGAAAGAAUAGAUGAGUUUCACCCAAAAGCAACACGAACUCUCUUUAUUGGAAACCUGGAAAAGACCACGACCCACCUUGACUUACACAACCUUUUCCAGCGAUUUGGGGAGAUAGUGGAUAUUGACGUUAAGAAAGUGAACGGUGUUCCUCAGUAUGCAUUCCUGCAGUACUCUGAUAUUGGAAGCGUCUGCAAAGCAAUUAAGAAGAUGGACGGAGAAUAUCUGGGGAAUAACCGGCUAAAGGUAUUGGAUUCCACGUCUCACGGUGCAUGUGUGCCCAAUACGCAGCUGGGGUUUGGAAAAAGCAUGCCCACAAACUGCGUAUGGAUUGAUGGCCUUUCAUCCAACAUCACGGAACAAUAUUUAACUCGUCAUUUUUGCCGUUACGGACCAGUGGUGAAGGUGGUGUUUGAUCGCUUUAAAGGCAUGGCCCUGGUUCUCUACAAUGAGAUUGAAUAUGCCCAAGCAGCUGUAAAAGAGACCAAGGGAAGGAAGAUUGGUGGGAGUGACGUUAAGGUUGACUUUGCAAACCAGGAGAGUCAGCUGGCUUUUUAUGGGUCUAUGGAAUCAUCAGGACAAGAUAUAAGAGACAUCUAUGAUAUAAUCUCAGAAAGAAGGACUGAUGAAUCAAGAAGAGGAUCUUCUGAAUUCACAUCAGCAGAACGUACCUACUAUGAAACUGUCAGGACACCAGGCACCUACCAAGAGGAAUCUAGGCGAGAAUAUCCUACAAGAAGCAGAGAGCUCUUCACAGAGUGGGAGUCUUAUCAAGGAGAUUACUAUGAGCAACGUUGCUUUGAUGAGCCAAGAGAAUAUAGAGAAUACCGGGACCCAUACGAGCAAGAUAUUCGAGAAUAUAGUUACAGACAGAGAGAGAGGGAGAGAGAAAGAGAAAAGUUUGAAACAGACCGAGAGAGAGAUCACGAGAGGAGACAAACUGAGCGCAGCCAAAGUCCAACCCACACUAGGCGGCCUCAGAGCCCCACGGGAUCACCAUCGCAGUCAGAGAGAAUUACAAGUGAUCCUGAGCGCAGAAUUUACAGCCGCUCCUCUGAUCGAAGUGGCAGCUGUAGCUCUCUUUCCCCUUCAAGAUUUGAUAAACUAGACAAAGCUCGGGCAGAACGCUAUGCUAAAAAUGAAAAAACUGAAAAAGACCGCAGUUUUGAUUCGGAAAGAGGAGACAAACGGCCACCCAGAAAAGAAAAGACUGAGAAAACUGAGAAAGACAAACCAGAUAGAACAAAACGAAAGUCUAAAAACCAUUCUCCUAGCUCUCACUCUUCUGAGACUGAUCAAGAGAAUGAGAAGGAAGUAAGCCUUGAGAAACCGAAGAGUAACGCUAAACAGCCAUCCAAAGAAAAGAACGACAAGGAUGCCACAUCCAAAAACCGCCUGGAUCUUAUGCCAUGUGUUGUACUCACCAGAGUAAAUGAAAAAGAAGGGAAAGUCUUUGAUUCUCCAGGUCUUGAGAAAGCAGUUAAAGGCAAGCCUGAAAAUGAGUCUGUCAAGUCUCCACCAGUGGAUCAAAAGGCCCAGAUUCCACGACUGGACCAGCUUAAAAUUGACCAAGUGAAAUCUGAAAUAAGGAAUAAAGUUACAAAAGAGAAGGUGCUUGCAAGCCAUGUUGAACUAGUGGAGAAAGACAGUAAACCGAAAGUAAAAAAGCACUUGAAGGUAGAGCAGCCUGCAGAUAGUGCCAGCUCUGCCGAUCUUGAAAAGUUAGAAGCUCGGAAGAGGAGGUUUGCUGAUGCCAAUUUAAAAUGCGAUCGACCAAAAUUUGACACAAGGCGAAGCAAUCAAGAGGAGGAUGAUGCUCGGGCUUGUUCAAAAAAGUUAGAUGCUGUUUCUUCAAGAGAUGUUUCUAUUCUGAAAGAUGGUGAGGCAGAAAGGAAAAGUUCAAGAAAAGAACUGUCAAAACGGGAUAUACGCAAAAUAAAAACAGAGAGACCAUUUACUGUUAACAGCCCCAAAGAUGGCCAGGAGCAUUUGUCUCUUGGACCUGGCAUGCGACCCACCCUCGAUGUACAGUCCCGUUUAGGGGAACCGGUGGAUGAACAGUAUGAAUCAUCUGAGACCUCUGGUAAAAAGACAGGUGUUGCAAAGCAACGGCAUAUACAGUUAUCUGAAGAUGUUGACAAGGAGCUGUCAAAAGAAGAUAAUAGAAGGAUGUACUUUCCUCCACCAAGAGAAAUGCUGGGAAUGGAGAGGUCAGAAGCAGAUGAGAAGCUUGCUAUUGAUAUCGAUUACACGCAGAGUUACAGGAAGCAAAUGGAGCAGAACCGUAAAAAGCAGCAGAUGGAGAUGGAAAUACUAAAGUCUGAAAAAUUUGGCAGUCCAAACAAAGAGACUGAUGACUAUGAAAGUCGGAGCCUUGUGCAUGAGGUAGGCAAGCCACCUCAAGAUGUCACUGAUGACUCUCCUCCGAGUAAAAAAAAAAAGACUGAUCUGGUGGAAUUUGAAAUCAACACCAAGAGGGAGAGAAACUACAGAAGUUCCCGUCAGAUAAGCAAUGAGUCAGAAAGAACUUCUUGUUCCCCAAGUGUACGAUCAUUUCCUCUUCACGAAGAUGAAGAAGCCAGUUCCCCACGGGUGAUAAUGAAAGAAAUUAAAGAGUCUCCAAAAGUAAAUGAAAAGACUACAGUUUUUCAUCCAGCCAUCAAAGAAGAGCCAUUUAAACUGAUUUCUAGUGAAUCAAUCAAGAAGGAACAAAUAACUGACCCAAAUAAAGGAAAAAUGCCUGUCAUGAGUCCGGAAGAAGAGUACAAAUGGGAUUGCCAAAUCAAGCAAGAGUGCAACAAGGUCGAUGUUGGCUUUCCCAGCAAUCUAGUUAAGAGACAGAGCAUCAGAAAGCACUCUAGAGACCUAGAACCUGGGGAGGUUCAGUCCGACUCUGACGAUGAGAGUGAUCACAAAGCCAGCUCUCCAAAACACUCCUCGAUAUUGGAUAAUUCAAGGUUUUCUUUUUUACUGAGAGGCAGCGAAGCAAAACUGCGAGAUCGGGAAGAAAAGAUCUCCAGCUCUUUGGAAAAGAAUAAAUUUUACUCUUUUGCACUGGACAAGACUAUCACUCCUGAUACGAAAGCUUUGCUUGAAAGGGCCAAAUCACUUUCCUCAUCCAGAGAAGAGAACUGGUCUUUUUUAGACUGGGACCAAAGGUUUGCCAAUUUUCGCAACACCAAAGACAAAGUGAAGGUUGAUUCUGCUCCAAGACCAAUACCAUCAUGGUACAUGAAAAAGAAGAAAAUCCGGACAGAUUCUGAUGGCAAAUCUGAUGAUAAAAAAGAACACAAAGAAGAAGAACAAGAGAAACAGGAGUUGUUUGCCUCACGGUUCUUACACAGUUCGAUAUUUGAGCAGGACUCAAAACGACUGCAGCAUCUGGAAAAGAAAGAGGACACUGACAUCAGCCUUGUUCGACCAUACUGGAGGCAGUUCUCUUGCGAUGGGAUAAACAGUACUCCUGAUCUUGUCCAAGAGCCAGUUGUACUUUUUCACAGUCGUUUUAUCGAGCUGACGAGAAUGCAGCAAAAAGAAAAAGAAAGGGAAGAAAGUCCCAAAGAGAUUGAAAAACAAGAGGAAAAAGAGGCCCAACCAAAAUCUCCAGACCCAGUUCCUGAAAGCAAAGAUCAGGAGCUUAAAUCUCCUUUGACAUCUGUGCCAACACCUGUUCCAGUGUCUCAGUCAGAACCACUAUCACCUGCUGCAGAUAAAGCUCUACCAGAUGCUUCUUUGGCAAAGGAGGAAAAACCAGCAGAACCAGUUGAACCAGCACCAGAGGAACCCAAGCCUGCUCAGGUUUUUGCUUCAGUUUCUGCAGACCAGCCAGUUCCAUCAGAAGCUGUACAGGUUGUUGAAGAAGUAAGUGUACUGGUUAUUCCACCUGGCCCAGAAGAUGUUGUACCUGAUGAAAUCUCUUACCUGGAUACAAAACCACAUACUCCAGGUACUUCUUUCUCUGAAACACCCAGCAAUUCAUUAAUAGAGAUGGAAAGUCCUAUAAAGCCUGUAAAAAGUGUAGAGGGUAACACUGACCUACAAGAAGAUAAACCUUCUCCAGUUGCAAGUACUGCUAUAGAAUGUGAAACACUUGAUGUGGUUCCAGAUGCUCAACCUCUUGGCUCUGAAAAUGACACAGAAGCUGAAAAUUAUACACCAGUAAAAGAUAAAAAGACAUAUAAAAACAGAAGAGCUAACACUGCCGAUAAACCAGCAACAAGAAAGAGUGUGAGAAUUGACCGAGAGAAACGCAACAGAUCUACAUCUCCACGAGGUGAGACCCCAAAACACCUGGAGGUAAAAAGUGAGCCAGAAAGAGGGGCAAGGAAUGCAGCAAAGUCACCAAGUUCUAUAGUAGAAACUGAAACCUCUGAACCAAGUUUGCCCUUGGCUCGAACAAGGCGUAGAAAUGUUAGAUCUAUUUAUGCUACAACAGGUGAUAAUGAUACUCAACCAGCAGUUAAGGAACCUGAAACACCAAGGUCUACUAGAAAGAGACUAGAGAAAGAUCCUAUGGAGACUCCUGCAGUUGUUCCAAACAAAAGAGGGCGCCCUCCAAAAGUCAGACGUAAAACUGGUGAAGAGGUUUCGCCUGUUAAGGCAGAAGCGUCAAAGCAAGAGCCUGAGGAUAUUGAAAGUAAAGAGUCAACUGAAUCGAUGAAGCCUACGGAGGGAUGGCGGUCCCCUCGGACACAAAAAUUAGCACAUUCACCUGUGUCUAGUGGCCAGAAAAAGGGGAAGAAUGAGCCUAAGCUUUUGCAGGAUGCUUUAGGAGAAUCGAACGAAGAUGACUUAUCGGAGCCUGUUGACGAUAGUAGCAAGUCAAGAUUGGGAAAAGGGGAAGCAUUUGUGGAAGAGAAGCCUGAACAGAAGGAAGACGUGACUGAUGUUUGUCCUGCUGAAAAUACCAUUGUGGAUAUAACAGAGCGGAAGAAUCGCUUGGACAAAAAUUCCAAGCCAAAAGUGGGAAGAUCAAAGAAUUCAAAGCCUGUUGUGCGUUUAAAAGGUAUUGAAAUCCGUCUUAAUGUGGAUGAGGUGAAAGGUGCCAUGAGGCCAGUUGAAGAUACAGAGCCGACUGUUGUCUCACCCGUUAAAACCAAAAGUCCGGAAAAAGAGGAUGCUGUAGCACCAACCUUUUCAAACCAGCCAGAGAACACUUUUCCUCAAACGCCCGACAAAGACAUUCCUACAACACCCAAGCUGUCCCCUGAAGCAACACUGUUAGCUCUACAGAUGGAGCUUGAACAAGCCGUUGAAAAUAUUGAGAAGAUCACUGAAACCACCGAUGUUCCUGCUUAUAAAGAUGCCCAGGGAAAUGAGGUACCAGAGACUCGCUCUGAAGAAGAUGGGGAUAAACCUGCACACCAAGCUAAUGAAACUGAACUUGCAGCUGCUAUUGGCUCCAUAAUAUACGAUAUAUCUACAGAUGCAGAAAGCUUUCCAGCAGCCCCACCGUAUCCACCUGAAGGGGAAACUACAGUCCCGAAUGAUCCAGCUGCUGUUGCAAGUACGACCCAGCCAGAAGAGAUGGAACCUGAGACCGACCAGGCAGUGAAUGUCAUCUUGGGAACAAAUUCUGCUCCGGGAUCAGAGAGCACAGUAUCUGCUUCUUCAACUUUGAAUCCGUUAACUUCAGAAUCCACAGAUGCCAAGGAAGCUGAUGUAAACUUCAGCGAGUCUUCAAAUUCUGCACAGGAGGCAGAACCUUUGCGUGAAGUGGAAACCCUUCCUAAACACACUCCUCGGAAAAAGAUGCCUCGCCAUCGCAAUCGAAGGGGUCCGGCCUGUAAGAAGACAGAAAUUUCGGAUGCCGCUUCCUUUGAACAGAAUAGUCACAGCCAGUCUCCUGUAAAAGAUGAAAAGGUUAAAUCGGACGAAGGGCAAAGUGAAAAGUCUAGUGAACUGACUACUUCUUUAAUCCCUGAGAAGCAGUCCCUGGAGCCAAGAGUGAAUUCCUCGUCUCAAGACAAUGAUCCAGAGUUUAAAGAGGAAUGUAGUUCUGUUCUUAAGAAUGCCAGUCAAUCGCCCCAGCCCCUUCUAAUUGACGAUGUUAGUCAAACCAGUUUCAAAUUGCGUUCAAGCACUGAAAACCCACCUGUGAGCCCACCUGUCACUAGUCCUCCAGUGCAGCCAGGAACUCCUGGAAAGCCUCCUGCCUCUGUGCUAACCUCAACCCUUUCUCAUUCGGGCACAAGUAUAAUGCCUGAGUGGAUGUCCGGACACGAAGAUAGCAACACCAUCUCAACACCACCACCUGCUCUACCCCCAAACACAAAAGCCUCCGAUGUGGAUACAAGUUCCAGCACACUGAGGAAAAUCCUUAUGGAACCCAAAUACACUUCAUCAAGCACUACCACUACCAUUGUCACAAGUGCUAUCUCUGAGCCUGUCUCGACUUCACUUGCAGAAGAGCGCACACACCGGCCUUUGGAGGCAAUUAAACCAGUGUCUGAAGAAAAAUCUGCUGUACCUCUAAUUAAUGCUGUGGUUCCACCAGCAGCAGAAGCUCCGGUUUUCCAGGAAAAGGUUACCAUUGUUGCACCAAAAGCAACCUCUGUCAUAAGCAGGAUGCCUCUCACUUUUGAUCCUGAAGAAAUGCCCAGAAUCACCAAGCAUUCUCCUCAGAUUCCAUCUGCUCCAUCAUGUAUACCUUCUCCAAAAAUUAAGCAGCGCCAAAAUAUAAAUGAUAGUCGACCAUGCAUGAAGCCAACUAUGUCCAUUAUAGAAGACAGGCCUUCUGAGACUGGUCCCAGUCCUGGCUUGAGGGUGCAGACCUCCCAAGGGGUUGUCCUGCUGUCAUAUUCUGGCCAGAAAACUGAAGGACCACAAAGGAUUAGUGCAAAAAUAAGCCAGAUCCCUCCUGCAAGUGCUGUUGACAUAGAAAUUCAGCAGUCUGUGUCAAAGACCCAAAUUAAGCAAGAACCCAUGACACCGUCUCAGAUACUUCCUAAAGGACCUCCGACUCCUGGAGGCUUUUCUGCACAUUCACUAGUUGCAGGCAACCAACCUUUUAAUGCAUCUCCUGUAAUAUCAUCCAUCAAGCAGGAGCGUUCUUCAAUGGAGUCAAGUCAUGUUCCGAAUGCGUUGUCUCAAGCAGGAGGGGUGAAAGUGCUGACCCAAACCAAUCCCCCUGUACUCAUGCACAGUCAGAUGGUGACGUCAAGCAAGAAGAUCACAGACACCAAAGCAGAAUCCAAGGUUCUUCAGCCAACAAAUCUAAGUCCUGGUCUUAGUCCUCACCAUUCUUCAUUUUCUGGAAAGCUGAAAUCAGAACCAAACCACGUGAGCUCGGGAGCAAACACGCCCAGUGCAGAGAGGGCCCUCCCACAUCUUAGUGUUGUUAAGCAAGAGCCACAUUCACCCUCUGUAGCAAGUCAUUCUCCAUCUACAUUCAGCAGAUCAUGUCACCCCAGUGUUACAGCUUCUUCAGCCUUAACUAACAACAAUGCCUCUGUUAUGCUGGCGGCAGGAAUGUCUGUCCCCCCAUACAUGUCUAGCAUGCACCCAGAGCAGACUGUCAUCAUGCCACCUCAUAGCGUAACCCAGCCAGUGUCUCUUGGCCACCUGUCCCAAGGGGACGUUAGAAUAAACACCCCGCCACUGCCAGGAAUGCAGUACGCAAUGCGCUCUGAAGCACUUCACUCACCGAGAGCAGCGAUGCAGCCCCAGAGAUCCACCACCCCUCAGCCAGCCAGUAACAGAGAAAUGGUUCUUCCUAACAUGUCUUCCCAGCACCCUCAGGACGAGGAUGUUCAUUAUCAUCACCCUAUUCCUCGAGGCCCUGCCCACGUUCAGCCUGACAUGCUGGUCAUGCCGCCUGAAUAUCGUAUGUCCGCAUCAGGAAUGCGGCUGGAUCCGUACGUGCCCCAAGAUGUGGUAUUACCGCGGGAUGUCCGCAUGAUUAUGCACUCUCACAUGGCGGCUGUUGGUGAACACCACCAGGAGUCUAGGCAGUCAAGGACCCCAGAAGGACUGGUUCAAACUCCUCCUACCAGCAAAACCCCACAGCCUGUAAAAGACCUGGCAAAGCAGUCGGAUUUAAAACGCUCCCAUUCACCACACACUGAUGCCAGGAUCCUCGGUGUACCUCCCAGUGGACUGAACAUGUCUCCCUCUGUAGUCGUACCCCAUGGAGUGCCCCUCAUCCACCCCUCCGGGGGUUCUUUCCGUGAUUAUCGCCCUGUGUACUCAGAUAUACGGAACUAUCAUCCAACGCCGCUGUCCCACGCUCAGUAUUCCAGUGCCUCGUCCAUUGGAUUGCAUACUCGGAGUCUGACCCCAUCACAGGUUGGAGAUGGGGAACACACACAUGUAAAUCAUACAGGACGCAGCAAGACCCCACAAGUAAGUCAGGACCCAAAAGUACCGCCAGCAUCUGUUAAUGAGCAGACUCACCACUCGGCUAUUAAAAGGCACACGGGGCAAAUGGACUCCCGCAUUCAGCAUCUGCCGACUCCCCAGACCUCGUAUCCUUCACCCAGUGCCAUCAGCUUGAAACAAGAACUGCCAUCUCCUCAUCAGUCCCAAGCACUUCAGAAGCAGUCUAUUUGUCUGUCCUCCCCGGCACUCUCCAGCACUCUCUCAAGGACAGACCUCAAGUCUCCUCCUAAACAAGAAGCCCCUCAUCGUUCUGUAGAUAUGGUGCAGCUGCUGACAAAAUACCCCAUUGUAUGGCAGGGACUACUUGCGCUGAAGAAUGACACCGCUGCUGUGCAGUUACAUUUUGUGUCUGGCAACAACGUCCUGGCACAUCGCUCUUUACCAGCGCCUGAAGGAGGCCCGCCCCUGAGGAUCGCUCAGCGCAUGAGACUGGAGGCCACCCAGCUGGAUGGGGUUGCACGAAGAAUGAUGGUGGAAAGUGAUUACUGUUUAUUACUCGCACUUCCCUGUGGCCGCGAUCAGGAAGAUGUCGUGAACCAGACGGAUUCGCUGAAAGCCGCCUUCAUCACUUACCUGCAGGCAAAACAGGCAGCCGGCAUCAUUAACGUUCCCAACCCAGGAUCCAAUCAGCCCGCCUACGUCCUGCAAAUAUUCCCGCCCUGCGAGUUCUCUGAAAGUCACCUGUCCCGCCUAGCUCCGGAUUUACUGACCAGCAUUUCCAAUAUCUCCCCACACCUUAUGAUUGUCAUUGCGUCGGUUUGAGCUCUGCUGUUGUGAUCACGGACCCAUGCACAUAAACAGCAGGAGCUGAACACACUUUUGCCGAGCGACUUGCUUGGGAGGGGCGCCCCUUGCUGGAGAGACCUGCCAUUGCUUCUCUGGAUGUUUACAAACUGCUCCUGGGAUCCCUGAUGCACGGCUAGAAGCAGACUGGCAAUGGACAGGUUUGUGGGGGCACCAGAUCCCACCAGCGAGACGUUGGGAUAUUCCAUGGUGGUUACUGUUCGUGUGCUUGUUGUGUUUUUAUUAUUUUUUUUUUAAGCUGAAUCUGCCUUUGCACUAAAUUAGUGACUCCAAACUUUGUACAUCAAUUUGUUUUUUUUUUUCCUUUGUGUCAUAUUUUUUUUUUUGGCAACGUGCUGUGAUAUUGGAACGUCCGGACACAGUAUCACUUGCCAUUGGACUCAUGAGCGGGAACCUGUGAAUAUUGGGCUGGAGCAGAUAGUCAGCUGGGCUUCCUGCUUGUGGACAUUGCAGCCAGUUUGGCCUUCUCCGCGGACUCCUCGGCGACCCCCUUCUUUGUACAGUUUACAUGGGAAAAUAACAUACAAAAGGGAGAUCUAUUUUUCCUUCCUUUGGAUAUUAUAGGACUCCGUGGCUGUGUGUAUAUAAAGCAUAUAUAAUAUAUAUUAUAUAUAUAAAUAUAUAUAAUACUGACUUUAAAAGGAAAAUCAAAUCCCCACAACAUACGUUUUUUUAAUCUGUGCCAAAAAAUGUGUUUUGAGAGAAAAAUCUUAUUUUCAUACUCAGACGUAUUGUCCCUCAUUUGUAAGUGUUUUUUUGUUUUUUUUUCAUUCAGACAUUAUCUGCUCAUCACAAUCCGUGUGGAAGUGUUACACACUCGGACAAGAGACUUUUAUUACCUCCCUCCUGCCUGUUUUAUUUUUUUAUUUUGCAGACACCCAUUAAUUUAUGGAACCCCCUCUCCCCCCCCCCAUUCUCCUGUUUUUGUGUGUCCAUUGGAUUACAAACUUUAUUAAAAAAAAUGAUACAA